UAAACUUAUUAAAUAGCUAGACAAUGAAAUUAGAUGAAAUUGAAGAUGUUGAAAUUGACAAUGAAGGGAAAUUUAAAUACAUCCUAAUUAAAGCCAAAGAAAAAUCUACGAAAUUGUCCAAGCUUCUUGUGAGAGGAUAUGCAGAGUGCCCAUAUCAUGCAGAUAUUCUUGAAAAGACUGAACAAAGUGUGAACUCGUCUGAGAUUUCACUCUCUUGUCCCGGCGGAGGAAGGAUAGAGCGAAACAACUAUGAAAAGACUCUCUUCGUCUUUGGCUACUCACAGGGGUUCGGACAAGCUGACCACUCAAAAACUGUAUCUAUCUUGAAAAAUAAAUUCCCAGAUUACACUAUUGAAUACUCGAAUGAAGGCUAUUAAAACAGUAGUUGGCUCGACUGAAACUUAGAUAGUUGUUAAAAAAUUUGUACUUGAUGUGAAAUUAAAUGUUUUGAUAGAAAUUA